GCCUGCCUCCAACUCGCUCCGAAAUUUCUAGCCAGGUUCACCUCGUAAAAUCCACCCUACUCCACAUUCAAACCAUCGAAAUGAGAAUCAUUAUCGUGUAAUUAUUCUUUCCUCCGGCUCUCGUUGAUUGCAUAUUAACCCCUGCACUGUCAUUACGCCGUCAGUUCAGGCGGGCGGAGAAAAGGGGACCAAUCGCCAGUCUGGCUUGCAGAAGCGAGACAUCCGCUUCGCUUCUUUGCCCAGUUGCCAGCCCGAGGGGCUCGGACUCUGCACGACCAUGAUGUGCGAGGUGAUGCCUACAAUCAGCGAGGACACCCUCAGCCAGAGGGGCUCCCAGAGUAGCUCGGAGGACUCCAAUUUCGAGCAGUUGAUGGUCAACAUGCUGGAUGAGCGUGACCGGCUACUCGACACCCUCCGGGAGACCCAGGAAAGCUUGGCGCUAGCACAAGGCAAACUUCAGGAUGUCAUCUACGACAGAGAUUCUCUGCAGCGCCAACUUAACUCCGCAUUACCCCAGGUGGAUCGCGAUCUUACUACGCGCAGUAUUUUAAAGAGGGAAGUUGGUGAACGAAAGAUGGCCAAUUUGUGAAUUUUAAAUUUCAUCUCUGUAGAGAUGCAUUUUUGUUUUUUCAUCUGGUUCACUGUGAUUUCUUUGCGUAAACAUUUUGUUUUACUUUUUUAAA